AUGUGUGGAAUCUUCGCGUGUCACCAUCACCCCGAUGUGCAAAAGUUCAAGCCAACGGCUUUGCGCAUGGCCAAGGCCAUCCGCCAUCGCGGUCCCGAUUGGAUCCUGACGCACGAGCGUCUGUGCAUCGUCGGUGUCGACUCCGGCGCUCAGCCCCUUGUCAACGAUGACGAGUCUCUCGCUCUCGCCGUCAACGGUGAAAUCUACAACCACCGUAUCCUGCGCAAGGCUCUCAAGACCAGCUACAACUUCAAGACCCACUCCGAUUGUGAGGUCAUCAUUCCUCUGUAUAUGGAGCACGGCCUCGACGCCCCCAAGCACCUCGAUGGCAUGUUCUCCUGGGUCCUUUGGGACAAGAAGCAGGACCGGGUCGUUGCUGCUCGCGACCCCAUCGGUAUCACUAGCUUCUACCUUGGCCGCUCCUCUCAGACUCCCGGUGCCGUCUACUUUGCCUCAGAACUUAAGUCGCUGCACCCGGUCUGCGACGACAUCAUCGCCUUCCCUCCCGGUCACGUGUACGACUCCAAGACUGAUAAGCUUACGCGCUACUUCGAGCCCAAGUGGUGGGACCCCAAGCAGGUGCCUACCACCCCCGUUGACUACAAGUUGCUCCGUCACUCUCUGGAGAAGUCUGUGCGCAAGCGUCUGAUGGCCGAGGUCCCCUACGGUGUUCUCUUGUCCGGUGGUCUGGACUCCAGUCUGGUUGCUUCCAUUGCUCAGCGCGAGACCCUUCGCAUGCAGGAAGCUGCCCGCACUGCGGCUCAGAACGGUGCCGAUGGUAACGAGUUGGUCGGCAUCGACGAGGAGAAUGAUCUCUCCACUGUGACCACUUUCCAGCAGCUUCACUCCUUCUCCAUUGGUCUUCCCGGUGCCCCCGAUACCGAGGCGGCUAAGGAGGUCGCCAAGUUCCUCGGCACCAAGCACUAUGCCUUCACCUUCACCGUCGAAGACGGUCUCAACGCCCUGUCAGAUGUUAUCUUCCACCUCGAGACGUAUGAUGUCACUACCAUUCGUGCUUCCACCCCCAUGUACCUUCUCUCUCGCAAGAUCAAGGCGAUGGGAGUCAAGAUGGUUCUUAGCGGUGAAGGAAGUGAUGAGAUCUUCGGUGGCUACCUCUAUUUCCACGCCGCUCCCAACAAGGAGGAAUUCCACACCGAGACUGUCCGCCGGGUGAAGAACUUGCACUUGGCGGACUGCCUGCGUGCCAACAAGUCCACUUCCGCCUGGGGUCUCGAGGCGCGGGUUCCCUUCUUGGACAAGGAGUUCCUCGAGGUCUCCAUGGCUGUGGAUCCUCAGGAGAAGAUGAUCACCAAGGAUCGCAUUGAGAAAUAUAUUAUCCGCAAGGCCUUUGACACCAGCGACGAGCCCGAGACCAACCCCUACCUCCCCGAUAAGAUUCUGUGGCGCCAGAAGGAGCAGUUCAGCGAUGGUGUCGGCUACAGCUGGAUUGAUGGUCUGAAGGAGUAUGCCGAGAAGCACAUCACCGACGAGCAAAUGAAGAACCCCAAGCCCGAAUGGGGUAGCGAUAUCCCCGAUACCAAGGAAGCGUGCGUGACUCCCUCUCUUCUUGCCCUCGAUCAUGCCCACCUGCAAAGCCGAUGA